GUUGACAUAUAAGAUAAGAUGGCGGGGUAGGAAAUAUUUAUAAACACCUGCAUUGCGCCAGAAUUGCAUCUUGUACGUCAUUACCCAUUGUUUACUUCUUAAGCUCCUUCUUAAGUUCCUUCAUACCAGAUUUCAUUUGAAUUCUUGAUCUCUCGACAAUUCUCUACUUGUUCAUGCUCAUACACCUGUCCGCUUCAUCGAUCUCACGUGAACACAAUUAACGCAAACAACAUCAUGGCAUCCAAACCAUAUGAAGUAAAAUGGGGCAUCUUAGCCACCGGCGGCAUUGCAACCACCUUCUGCAAAGAUAUCCUCUGCAACCCCACUACCCGCGACGUCCACGAUAUCAAGCACACCAUCGUCGCAGCCGCCUCCUCCUCUUCUGCAUCCCGCGCCGAAACAUUUCUUAAAGAAAUCAACGCGCCUCCCGGCAUCAAAGCUUACGGUUCCUAUCAUGAACUCGUCGCCGAUCCCAACAUCGACGUCAUCUACAUCGCCACUCCCCACUCCCACCAUUUCCAAAACGCAAUGUUAGCACUGCACGCAAACAAACACGUGUUGUGCGAAAAAGCUCUCACAGUAAAUGCCUCGCAAGCGCGCAAGCUUUUCGAGACAGCCAAAGAGCGCAAACUCUUUUUCAUGGAAGCGGUGUGGACCCGCUACUUCCCGCUAAGUAUUCAAAUCCGGGAGCUGGUGCAGAAUAAAGAAAUCGGAGAGGUCCAUCGGGUGUUUGCAGAUCUCUCGAUCGCCGAGGCAAAAGAAGAUGGCACUCUUAGCUUUCCCCUCGAAAACCGCAUGGUGAAUCCUGAUCUGGCGGGCGGUGCGCUCCUCGAUCUCGGUAUCUAUGCUAUCACAUGGGUCUUUCAGAUUCUCUACCACUGUCAAUCGUGUCCCUCUACCGAGCGCGAAGCGCCCUCUGUUCUCGCGGCCGUGCAGAAAUACGAUAAGACGGGUGUGGAUGAGCAAACCAGUAUUCUGUUACAAUUUCCCAAGAAUAAGAGUGUGGGUAUUGCAACUACGGGGAUGAGAGUGGCGACUCAACCCGAUGCACAUGGGGAGGCGAGUAAAGAUGAAGCUCCCACGAUUAGAAUCCAAGGCACCAAGGGAGAAAUCCAAGUCUUUGGACCUGCGUAUAGACCUUUGCGAUACAAGGUUUUGAAGAAUGCGAAUGGGGCUGGGGAUUUCAAGACGGUGGAUUGUGAGAUUCCGCAAGAUCCGGAGAGGGGGAAUUGGGGACAUGGGAUGGCGUGGGAGGCGGACGAGGUGGGUAGAUGUUUGAGGGAUGGGUUGCAGGAGAGUGAGGGAUUGGAUUGGAGGGAGAGUGAGGUUAUUAUGCGGGUUAUGGAUGAGGUUCGAAGACAGGGAGGUUUGAAAUAUAGCGAGGAGAUCGAGUCGGAUAUUUUUCAUGAACACAGUGCUUUGAAUGGGAAGGCUUGAUUUAGAAAUGCGAACGAUAGGAUCGUCGUUGAAUUCGAUAAUUGGUCACGAAGAAUGAAUAUAUAAAUUGGCGAUGCCGCUUAGACGUUAGAAAAUCCCGUCUAUGAUCCUUGAUUACCCUGGAUAUAAUCUAUAUUACACUCUACUAGCGCAAGAUACUAGCACCACGCCAUCUCCUCACCCCUACCAUCUAAACGAGGUAGUUUCCAUUGCUCACCCCCUAAUCCUGAAAUCAAAGUACA